AUGCACGGAUCCCAGACUUUCGAGGAUAUCAGAGGGGCAAUUAACAAUCUGUUACAAUUAGGAGCUAUUAGACGGUGUAGGCCGGAGGAACCUCAGUUUAUAUCCUCUUAUUUCCUAACCCCAAAAUCUGACGGGAGUUACAGAUUCGUAUUGAACUUAAGGAAGCUGAACGAAUUUAUUCGGACAAAGCACUUUAAAAUGGAAGAUGGCCGCACGGCGGAAAAAUUAAUCUCCAAUAACUGUUAUAUGGCAAAAUUAGACCUGGAAAAUGCAUAUUUUCUGAUCCCAGUAAACAAGAACUCCUCAAAAUAUCUUAGAUUUAUAUUUCAAGGUCAGUACUUCGAAUUCGUUUGUUUGCCUUUCGGCCUUAACGUAGCCCCUCUGAUAUUCACGAAGGUCAUGAGGCCGGUUGUAAACCAACUACGGAAAAAAGGGUUAUUGUCUAUUAUUUACCUUGACGACAUCCUACUUGUCGCUUCAUCUAGGCAGUCGUGUACAAAUAAUGUAACAGCGUCAAUCGAACUACUAGAACACUUAGGCUUCAUUAUAAAUUACAAUAAAAGCAGCCUCCAACCGAGUCAGAGAGUCGACUUCCUAGGCAUAACAUACGAUUCAAGGAAAAUGACACUAGAACUGCCAGAAGCAAAGAAGCAAAAAAUUUUAGAUCUAUUGGAGAAAUUUAGCUCGGGGAAGAGCGUUUCCAUUCGCCAAUGGUCAAGCUUUGUGGGUUCAAUCAACGCAUGCUGCCCAGCAAUAAAAUACGGUCGCUUAUAUACAAAAGAACUGGAACGCGUUAGAUAUUUAGAACUGCUAAAAAACAAUGAUAAUUAUGACAAAAUAAUCCGCAUCCCAGAGAAGCUCGAGCCGAUCUUAACUUGGUGGAAGGACAACAUUAUAAAAUCUUCAAACCCUAUUAGAAAGGGUCGGUACAAGCACGAAAUCUUUUCCGACGCGUCCACCACAGGGUGGGGCGCCUUCCACGAAGGAAGAACGGCUCGAGGUUUCUGGACGGAACCCGAACAAAAAUGGCACAUUAAUCGACUCGAACUCAAAGCAGUACUACUUGCCUUAAAAAGUUUUGCAAAGGAUUAUAACGACUCUGAAAUAUUACUGCGCAUUGACAACACUACUGCAAUAGCUUAUGUAAAUAAAAUGGGAGGUGUACAACACCCAAACCUACAUAAGAUCGCGAAGGAGAUCUGGCAGUGGUGUGAGGCGAGGAACAUUUGGAUAACGGCUUCAUAUAUUAAGUCCGGAGAUAACGCGGAGGCGGACCGCGAGUCUCGAAUAACAAACAUAGACACGGAAUGGGAGCUGGCCGACCACGCAUUUCGUCGAGUGGUAGAAAAGUUCGGACACCCGGAGAUCGACUUAUUCGCUACACGAAAUAACACCAAAUGCAAAAAAUUCCUAGCUUGGAAAAACGACCCAGAAGCAUGGGCAAUUGAUGCAUUCACGGUGAAUUGGCAUUCGCAAGGGCUAUUUUGGGCAUUCCCGCCAUUCGCUCUUAUAUUAAAAACCCUCAGAAAAAUCGUAGCGGACCAAGCGGCCGGCAUAGUCCAUACAACACCCACUAGCAGCAAAGAUGUCCCUGAUGGCAGGAAAAUUAUCCGGGAGUCAUUCCGAAGGAAAGGAUUACCAAGCACAUCCCUCAAUAUCUUCGAGGCAUCAUUGACCGAAUCAACACAUAAACAGUACGCGGGACCCCUAAAACAAUGGUGGUCCUUCUGUGCGAGCCAGGGACUGGACCCGUAUCGGCCAAAAGAGGUGGACGUAAUCCAAUUCCUAACAGAAAAAUUCGAAAAAGGAGCGGCGUAUGGAUCUCUCAACUCGAUGAGAUCGGCAAUCUCGCUGAUUAGCGAAAACAACGUCGGAAAAAGCAGCAACAUCUCUAGACUCUUCAAGGGAAUAUUUAUGCUGAGACCAACGAAGCCCAAAUAUGAUCGAACCUGGGACGUGAAUAUAGCCCUGCGAAAAAUCGAAGAGUGGUACCCCCUGAAGGAACUGACCCUCGAAUACCUGACUCAGCGCUUGGUGCUACUGCUUGCAUUGGGCACGGCGCAUAGAGCGCAAACGCUAGCGUCAAUCAAAUUAGCGAAUAUUAAACGUAACACAGAAGAAUACGAGAUAGAGAUACCGAACAGAAUCAAAACUUCCCGCCCAGGAUCAUACCAACCCCUACUAGUCUUACCAGUCUACAAAGAAAACCCCAAACUGUGCAUCGCGUCAACAAUCGAUGCCUACAUUCAGAAAACAGCUCAGCUGAGAGGUAACAUAGAUGACCUGUUCGUUACAAUUAAAAAACCAACAAGGGCGGCAUCCACAGCAACGAUAAGCAGAUGGAUUAAGGCAGCAUUGUAUCGCUGCGGUAUAAAUGAAGAAUUCACAGCACACUCUACGAGACAUGCAGUAACAUCGGCAGCACUAAGGAAGGGAAUGGACCUGGAAACUAUUCGGAAAACAGCCGGCUGGUCAAAAAAUUCUCAGGUCUUCGCAAAAUACUAUAAUAAAACUAUUCCUCCAACAAAAAAAUCCUUUGUAAAAGCGAUCUUUGCAUAG